CAUUAGUUGAGAGAAACUGGUUCAGACUCAGGAUCUGAAAUAGUCUUGGAUUGUGGCUGAGAUGAAACGUGAAACAAUCAAGGACAUGAUCAGCGUCUUUCAUGGUUCCUGAGAUGUUGUUCAGACUAAACUUUCUACAGAUAGUUGGAGAGCAGAGGAACCCUGAUGACUGUUGUCCUUCAGAAGGUGAGAACAUGUUGAAUCGCCUUCAGGUUGACCUGUCAUCAUCCAGAAGAUCAGAGAGCAGCUCACAGCUUAGAGGAGGGUCUCAGCUCUAAAUCUGACCUGACCUACAUCCAGCUGGGAUCACGGCUUCAGUCCAACUCCUUCGUCUGAGGAGGCCACACCAGCUUCUGAGGACAGAGCAGCAUCUGGACAGCUGCUGAUGGCCACCUCUGUUUCAUCAGCGUGACGACCAGAUGCUGUUCAUGGAGCCAGCUGCUGGAGAUGUGACCUUUGGAAAGGAGGAGGUGCAGACCUUCAAACAGCAGGAGGAGGUCCAGACCUUCAAACAGCAGGAGGAGGUCCAGACCUUCAAACAGCAGGAGGAGGUGCAGACCUUCAAGCAGGAGGAGGAGGUCCAGACUUUCAAACAAGAGGAGAUCCAGACUUUUGAGCAACAGGAAUCCCAGAUGUUCAGACACGUGGAGGUGCAGACCUUUGAGCAACAGGAGGUUCAGAUGUUCAGACCGGAGGAGGUGCAGACCUUCAGAGAGGAGGACGUCCAGACCUUCAAACAGCAGCAGGAGGUCCAGAUGUUUAGAGAGAAUGAGGUCCAGAUGUUCAAGCAGGAGGAGGUCCAGAUGUUCAGAGAGGACGAGGUCCAGAUGUUCAAGCAGGAGGAGGUCCAGAUCUUGAUGGCGGAGAUUCAGGAGGUCCGAGUCUUCCAGAGUCCGGUGACGUUGUCAGAGGUGAUGACAUCCAAUGGCUUCUGUCUGGCCAACAGCGAGACCAUCCUGUUUGACUUGACCCCACCCACACAGGAAGUCCCGAUCCAAUCAGAUGACCCCACAGGCCGGCGACCGAGUGUCGGGACUGAAGUCUGUCUGCAGCUCUGCCAUCCGUCCGUCUCUCCUCACCUUUUCCGUGGUUUCACAGGGAGGAUGGGUCAAUUGAUGAAGAGGCGGCGUUUCAGGCGAAACGCGGCCCCGCCCCCCUGACGCAUCACCUGCUGCUCACCUGGAUGCAGGAGACAGACAUCCUGGACUGAUACUGUCGAGGACAGUCAUCAUGGUGACACUCACCUCAUCCAUCGAUCGAUUGAUUGAUCAGUGGAUGGACUGAUGGACUCCUGGUACAUUGUGGGAGAUUAAACUGGUCUCUGUGUGGACAAGUUAGUUUCCACUGCUCCACAUCUGUCCAGCAUCUGUCUAAUGUCUGCCCAACAUCUGUCUAAAAUCUGUCAAAUAUCUGUCCAACAUCUGUCUAAUAUCUGUCUAAUAUCUUUCCAACAUCUGUCCAACAUCUGUCUAAUAUCUGUCCAACGUCUGUCUAAUAUCUGUGCAACAUCUGUCCAACAUCUGUCUAACAUCUGUCUAGUAUCUGUCCAACAUCUGUCCAACAUCUGUCUAAAAUCUGUCCAACAUCUGUCUAAUAUGUGUUCAACAUCUGUCCACAUGCCCAACAUUUUCCAACAUUUAUCCAACAACUGUCCAACAUCUGUCCAACUUCUGUCCAACAUCUGCCCAACAUCUGUCUAAUAUCUGUCCAAUUUCUGUCUAACAUCUGUGCAACAUCUGUCCAACAUCUGUCUAUUAUCUCUCCAACAUCUAACAUCUGUCCAACAUCUGUCCAGUAUCUGUUCAACAUCUGUCUAUUAUCUCUCCAACAUCUAACAUCUGUCCAACUUCUGUCCAACAUUUGUCCAACUCUGAACACAGUCCAUCCAUCCAUCCAUUAUCUAUACACCGCUUAAUCCUCACUAGGGUCGCGGGGGGUGCUGGAGCCUAUCCCAGCUGACUUAUGGUGAAGGCAGGGGACACCCUAGACAGGUCACCAGUCUGUCGUAGGGCUACAUAUAUAGACAAACAAUCACUCACACAUUCACACCUACAGGCAAUUUAGAAUAAUCAAUUAACCUCAGCAUAUUUUUGGACUGUGGGAGGAAGCCGGAGUACCCGGAGAAAACCCACGCAUGCACAGGGAGAACAUGCAAACUCCAUGCAGAAAGAUCCCGGGAAAGCCGGGACGUGAACCAGGGAUCUUCUAGCUGCAAGGCGAAAGUGCUAACCACUACGCCACUGU